CCUGCCCAGCUCAUUUUAGAGCAUAAACAUCAGGGGAAAGGGAGGAGGCAAUAAAGUAAGUAAAUAUGAUAUUCCUUCCUUAAAUUGAGCUAUCAACUUCAAGAUUAUUUGUGGACUUGUGGAAACUGUGCUGGGUUUGGGGGUGUGGGGGUGUGGAUCGAUUUGGAAGAGCUCUCAGGAUUCAGGGAAGGCAGGAUUUCAGAGGGAUGUUUUACUGCCAAAAAAAAAAUUUCUGGAAAGCUGGCACGUGUUCAGAAGUCAGCCAGCAAAUUAUGUCGGUUCAAGACUCCCAGUGGACAAACCGAACAUAUUAAGAAGGAAACCAGAGAUCUGCAGCUCUUAUGUUCUGAAGUCCAGAGGAAGGGCUAAGCAGAGUCGUGGAAUAAUUUUUCAGCCUACAUUUUGAAGGAAAAGGAGUAUGACCAGUGAACUUAGUUCACAAAGAUUUCAGGCUGAUAUUUCACUGACCCCAUUUGCUAUAAAGAACAACUACUCAUCUUCCACCAAAAGUGAAAACAUGGUUAACGAUCCCUACAUCGGACCUAUAAACACAUCUAACAAUAAUACGUCAACGGCCAAAUGCCUGCUGAAGCUCUCAGGGUAUCACUUAGCCUUCAUUCCUGUUCUCUACUAUAUCAUCUUUGUCCUUGGUUUAAUUGGCAACAGUGUGGUAGUUUCCCUCUUCUGCUGCCACCGGGGGCCCAAAAAAGUUGCCAGUAUUUACAUCUUCAAUCUUGCCAUGGCAGACCUGCUGUUUCUAGCCACUCUCCCACUCUGGGCCACUUAUUAUUCUUAUGGCUACAACUGGUUCUUUGGUUCAGUGAUGUGUAAAAUCUCCAGUGCCCUCCUGUGCCUGAACAUGUAUGCCAGUGUUUUUUUUAUCACUUGCAUGAGUAUAGACAGGUACCAAGCUGUCGUCUACCCCUUCCAGUCCCAGAGAAGAACCCCGUGGCAGAUGUCGUUUAUUGUGCCCCUCGUGUGGGGCCUGGCAUGUGUGUCCUCACUGCCAACAUUUUAUUUCCGAGACACUAAGCCCAUUGAGCACUUGGGAGUGAAUGCCUGUAUCAUGGCCUUCCCUCCUGAGCAGUAUUCCCAGUGGUCCGCAGGGAUGGCCUUCAUGAAGAAUGCACUUGGUUUUGUGAUCCCAUUGGUGUUCAUUGCCACAUGCUAUGCUGGCAUCCGAAAGCACUUGAUGAAGGCCAGUGGAUUCGGGAAGAACCAGCUCAUGAGAGACAGGGUGCUGAAGAUGGCAGCUGCAGUUGUCCUGGCUUUUGUUAUCUGUUGGCUUCCCUUCCACGUUUUAACUUUCUUGGAUACUCUGGCAUGGCUGCAUGUCAUCACCAACUGUGAUGUGAUCUCAGCCAUCGACACUGCCAUGCCUUUUGGCAUCUGCAUGGGCUUUGCAAACAGCUGCAUCAAUCCCUUCCUGUACUGUUUUGUUGGAAACCAGUUCCAAGAGAGAUGCCGGCGCCUAUUUAAGCUCAGAGUUUCUCAACUCCGCAAGAAUAGAGACAGCAUGUCUUCUAGAAAAGGGAAUUCUCUUAAGGAAGUGGAGACCCUAAUGGAAUGAAGAUGUACAUGGCUCAAACAGAAGAACUUGGUUGCAUGGGCUUCUGUAGAUAAGAAUUUAUGGCUCUGGACAAAAGAAGAAUCUCUCUAAUCAAAUUUGACUUUCUUACUCCUCAAAAACUAGAAAAUCCUGGAAACAUCCCUUCAUCCAAGAAAUUUCAACAUGUUUCUCUCACUUAGGGAGUGAGGCCUUCUCUGGUGAGAGGGACCCAUAACCUACAAGCUCUUUGGAAAUUUUCUCAAAUGGCCAGCAGGAAGAAUGGAGCAGUGGUCCAUUAUGAAGACCAGCUCUUCCUCUUUCCUGCUUCUUUAGGAAGUACCAUAACAUUUUACCCCAUAGAAUGGAAUCAUCUCUAUCAUAGUGUCUUGAUGUUUCUUCAUCCCAUGAAGAAGACCAAACCAAGGAUCUUGAAGGUUCGACUAGUGGACAUCACUAGCAGGCCCUACCAAACUGGAAAGGUUUUGAGCACAGUCUUGGCUAGGGACUGUGUGUGUCCAUUUUCCAAGGGCAACUUGCAAUUGAUCAAUAAGUAUUUUUUGAGUACCUACUGUGUGAGAUACUCAAUAAAUACUUCCUUAACUCAGCAGAGGUUUGGCCACCUGCUGAUAGCUUUUGUUCUUACAUAGCAAUUCACAAGGCCAUCUAAUCAAGUCUGGGGAUGGGGAGGGGUGGGGUGGGGUGGGGAGAAGGGGCAGGGGUGGGAGUUGAAUUAGGAGAGGCAAUAUCCACCCAUAUGGACAAAAUCACUGGCCUCUGAACUAAGCAUUUACCUUUUGUAUUUCUCCAUUUCAAGUGGAUUCUGUUGAAAUACAUUCCCAAAGCCCUGGUCUUGUCUUUUCCUCCCUGAAAUUCCAGUGCUAGGCAUUAGUUGCUGGGAAAUCAAGGACUUCCAUAGGAGAUCCUGUGAAGAGCCCAUAUUCAUGAGGCAUAGAUAUGAGACCUCCCUAUGAGAUAGGGAAAUGGGCCAGUCAUGCCCCACAAACAAUAGGUGAGGCAAAUGAUCUGCUGGUACCAAUUAGGUAUUAAAAGACCCAGAAUAAGUCUCCUAUCCUAGUACAGUCUUCUGUACUUCUAGACUUCUAGGGAAGUCAUUGAUGGGGGUGGAGAGAGAAGGCCAGGCAGGGCCAGAGAGGAGCUUCCCAUGGCCUGUCAUCUCAAAACUUGCUACCUUAACUCAUGAUUCUUACCAAAUCAGUGUUAAUCUCUAUUGUUUCUUUGCUGAAAGAAUGUGAGUACUGCAGUGCCCUCUGAUUUGGCACCUAAAGGACAAAGCUCCAGUCAGCACACCCUACUUACCUCUCUGUUCUCUGGAGGAUUUACAGGAGAAGAGAUGGAUGGACUUUGGGCCACACCAUCGGAAACAGUGCCUGCCUCGGUGGAAACCUGAACUCAUGAAGCACUGCAGGAUGCGAAUAAAACCAUGCCAAUUUCCAGCGUCUACUCCAGCUCGCGAGUGUCUCUCCAAAUUGGCAGUGGUGGCUUAGGGCUCGCAUAGCCUUCACUAAUACAUGCCAGUAUUCUUCUAUAUCAAUGUAUUUGGUUUCUCCAUUCAUCCUCUUGUAUCUGUGGGGAUGAGGUAUAUCCAUUUAGAUAUGAUUUAAGUUCCUAAUACUUUUGGAAGAUAUUUUCUAUGGUGUAUUCUUUAUUCUUUUUAUUGGAAACAUUUUUAAAAUACUCUCUUUUGUUGUGACAUGUCUUUCACUUCCAAAUACAUCUCUCCCCUUUCCCCUGCCCAGGGAAUCUCCUCUGUAGGAGAGACGAAAGAAGGGGAGAAAGUUCAGUAAAACCGGCCAACCCAGCAGCAUACGCAGUGAUCCACACUCAUAGUCUCCCACCUCCACGGAGAAGGGAGAGGGCUGCAUUGUCCCAUCUCUGUGUGGCCAGGGUCGGUUAUUGCAAUUACAGGGUUCUCUUUUUGUUAUUGUUUUUUUCAUUUAUGUUGGUGGAGUCAUUGGGAAUAGUCAUUUUCAGGCUCUGUUGACUUCACUCUGCAUCAGUAUUUGCAUGCUUUUCUGAAAUUUUCAUACUCACUGUUUAUUAGAGUAAGUACAAUAUAGUCCAUUAUAUUCAUGUACCUCCACACUGAUUCCUUGACCAUUGAGGAGCCCCUUUUGUGUCCGAUUCUUUUCUAAAGUGCCACGAUAGAUAUUGUGGUUUAGACGAGCCCUUUCGGUUUUUUACCUCCUUGACGGUAUGUGCCUCUUGGUGGCAUCUCUGCUUCAAAGGGCAUGGCCUCAUCCUCCAUUUUUUGGAUUUGCCUUCGGUCCAGAUUGCUUUCCAGAAUGCCUCGAUGCAUUCCUGGCUCGGCCAGCAGUAUAUCAGCGUGCUUAUCUUUUCAACAACCCUUCCAUCAUUGGCCAUUUCCAUUUGUUACUGGGGGUGAAGUGAAACCGCAGAUUUGUUUGGAUGGGCACUCUUACUAUCGGUGAUUUGGUCAACGAGGACUUUGAAGCAGAGAGAAUGCUAUGAGGUAGUCUCUUACCCCACAGCACUUAAGCACCAUGCUAAUCCUUAGUAGCUCAACUCUUCCCAUAUAUAAGCAUACGAAGAGGAAGAGACCCAUCUAUAGAUGUACAUAAAAUAUAUCUGACAUUGUACCAAAGCAUAUGUGAAAACUGACAUUGCCUAUGGCAUUAUAACCAUAAAUAUUUAGAGCAUGAAUAGCCAUUUAAUGCACGUCUAUAGACUGUGCCACUUACUAAGUACUAUUACUAUUUGGGGGAGGGGGAUUAUUACUUGGGGUAGUAGUAGAAAGUGUAAUGUAAAAUGUAAUCGAUAAAAAGGAUUUGAGGGCCUCUUGUACAAGGCACUCAAUAAUAUGUCUUUAAAGACUAUAUCAACUGGGAUUUUUAUAGUAUCCCUUUUUCUGUGAUUAUCCAAAAGCAAUCAAUAAAAUAAACGCCCUUUGGGGAUUAUAAAACA